AGCUAAGCCACAGGCGCCAUUGGCUUCUUAUACCGGCGUGGUCCCGGCAUUUGCGUCGUAUGUGCGUUCGUUGAACGUUUGGAGCACUUGAAGCUGUAACGUAAGUACGCAGAGGACGCGUGGAAAAGUAUAAAAAAGCCGAAGAGCUUCUCGGCGCCUGAAGCGCCUUGCGCCACGUCAUCUGCAAGGCCUUGACAGUUACUGGCAGGCCUGAAACUAAGCUGCACGUGGAACCUCUGGAAUAUGCCAUGACGCCGGCUUAGCCCUCCGCGCUUUGUCCCGCGACUACCAUUGUGAGUGUGUCGUUCGUAGUUGAAUGGUGCGCCCGUGAAGCUUGGCAAUGACGAAUGCGGACGUUGACAACGUGUCCGCCGACGUGUCGGCGCUGGAAGCCAAAAUCAUCAAGCAGGUGGAGUACUAUUUUGGCGACUUCAACUUGCCUCGCGACAAAUUCCUCCAAGCCAAGCUCAAGCUGGACGACGGCUGGGUGACGAUAGAAACCCUGCUGACAUUCAACAGGCUCAAGAGCCUCACCACGGCGGAGAACGUGGUGGCCGAGGCGCUGAAGAAGUCCACCAGCCAGCUCCUGGAGGUCAGUGACGAUGGGAAGAAGAUCCGUCGCAGCGCCUCCAAGCCGGUGCCCGAAAGCAACAAGGAGCACCAGCAGAAGUUGGACGAGCUUAGCGUCUACGUCAAGGGUUUUCCACCCACCGCCACCAUCGACGAGCUGCUGGAAUUUUUCGGCCAGUUCGGCCAGUGCAUCAACGUCUUCAUGAGGCGCUACCCCAAGACACACAAGUUCAAGGGCUCCGUGUUCGCCACCUUCGCGACGAAGGAAGAAGCCGACGCGUUCCUCGCGAAGGAGGGCGUCAAGUUCAACGAGCUCGAGCUGACGCGGUCCAUGAAGACGGACUACGUGGCCCGAAAGAAGCAGGAGCGCCAGGCCAGACUAGACGAGAAGGCCAAGAAGAAGGCCGCCAACAAUGAAGCGGCGGGAGGCGGUGACGCAGCCGAGGAGCCGGAGGCUCCCGAAAUCGUGCUCGGUUGCAUUCUGCGCGUCAAAGGGCUCGGCGAGAAGACCACGUGGGAGAACCUCAAGCAGGCUCUCGCGCCGUACGCCGCGGUUGCUUUCGUCGAUUACUCGAGGGGCCAACCCGAGGCCGUGCUGCGUUUCGUCGAGGAAGGCUCCGCGCAAGCCGUCCUGGCCAAACUGAAGGCGCAGGGCGAAGGCCUCAAGAUCGACGGGAACGACGUCACCGCCGAGGCCUUGGAAGGCGACGAGGAGGUCGAGUACUGGAAGAAGCUGACCGCGGCCAAGCGAGACAAGAAGAACCGCUUCAAGGGCGGUCAACGCGGUAACAAGGGUGGUCAUGGACGAGGUCGUCACCAGGGCAGCAGGAGGCAGGACCGAGGCAAGAAGCGCGCCGCCGAAGAUGAUGCUGGCGACGAAGACAACGAAGCCAAGAAGCCAGCCGCGAAAGAAGGCGCGGCGGAUGAUUGCGCAGCCAGCAAAGCCAAGAGGUCCAAGACGGACGGUGAAGCUGCUGCCGAAUAGCAAGGAGGGGAGCUUGCAGCGGGAUUACAAGUGUGGACUGCAGCUGUAAAUGGACUAUUUCAUUUGUUUCAUUUCUCAUUAAUUUCAUGUACCAUAAGUUAAAAGCAGUUGGCAGUUCUGCGCUGUAACUCCCUCGGUUGCAUUAAAUGUGCAUUGUAUACACCA